UGCAGAAUAGGAUGGAACCUUCAAAUAAUCAGUCAAUAAAUAAUGAAGUACUUCUGAGUGACUUAGAUGAAGAUUUACAUAUGACUGAAGAUGCACCUGAUUCUGAUAAUGCGUUAUUAUCUGAUGGUAUUGAUGAAACUGAUUUUGGUAUACCCAUUAAUCCAGAAAUGCUUGGGUUUGUGGAAAUAAAUGGUGUACUCACUCCUAUUCCGGAUGUUAAUGCUUAUCAGCGAAAAAAGACAUUCGCUCAAGGCAUGAUGGACCUAGCACUCCUUGCGGCUAAUGCCAAUCAAUUGCGUUUUGUACUCGACACCAAUAGCGCACAUCCAUAUUAUUAUGUCGGUAUAGUUUUGAUUGCUAUGAGUAUCGCUCUCCAGAUUAUAGUUGGUAUUGGACUCAUUUGGAAUACUCGUUACGAUAUUAAAAAUGAAGAGGAAAUAAGUAAGGCUAAUAAAAUUAGUAACUUCACGGUAAUUGGAAUUUUUAUCGUUACUAUCGUUAAUGUCCUCAUAGCUGCGUUUAGUGUGAUUGACUCCAAGGAUAUAGGAACUGGAUUUAUAUACAACGAAACAAUGAAGAAAGAGUCAUUUUUUUAG